CAACCUGUCGUGCUUCCUGCCUUGCUGAGGGAGGGGACGGUGCUGACGGCUGGGAGGACGAAAGGAGAAAGAAAGCCUUUGGGAAGAUAAAAGAGAGAGGGGAACGGCCCAGGUUUCCACCGUCCGUCGGGAAAUAAACACCCCAAUUUUCUGUAGCUGCUGGAUUUGUCACCGAAUCGGCUCUGAAAAUGUCGGCCAGUCGUCAGCUUAGCGAGAGCAGGGCCAUCCCGACCAGGACGGUGUUGAUCAACGACACAACGCAGCUACCUCAUGACUAUUGUACCACCCCCGGAGGCACUUUAUUCUCUACCACCCCUGGAGGAACCCGGAUCAUCUAUGACCGCAAGUUCCUACUGGACAGGCGCAAUUCUCCCAUUGCCCAGACUCCCCCUGCUCACCUGCCUGUCAUCCCUGGAGUGACCAGCCAAAAUGUCCUGAGAGAGAACCAGAAGAAUGAAGCCAACAACCACAUCAACAACCAUGAUGGCAAGCCCACAACCGGUGACGAUGCUCAGUUUGAAAUGGACAUCUAACCGACUGGAACCACACCAGCAAAAGCAAAUGACCUGGCAUCAUGUGUGCCAGUGGCUUGGCUUGUAGAAACCAAUGUUGUGAGCCCUCAUGGCAGCCAUCUUCUUUAGCUCUCUGUCUCGCUGCUGGAUGUAAUAUGUGUAAACCAUGGGGAUUCAGUAUAUCAUACAUACAGGUACAGUGCGGCUGACUCUGGACGCUAGGUUCAUUUGAAUAGAUUUCCAUGGUUACCAGUUGCUGUACAAAUCAACAACCACACAACAAGGGAGCAGGCCUGAACAUUACGUACCCAGACACAUUGCCCAAUUAGUAGAUCACAGUGCUCAUUUUACAGCUUUCUGAGUCAGGAUCCUUAACAGAGCACACUGUAAAACUGAUAUUUCAUAUUUCAUUGGGGGAGGAAGUGGUAAUUUUUCAUACUGGCCUUAGAAUCAGUCAAAAGCUUUGAUAUUCAUCACAGUCUUUGGUUUUGAAGGCCCUUCUAAGCAUGUUAUUUAAGUGAUUUUUUUUGUUGGUUUUUGGAACUACUUGAAAAGCUCCACAAUCUAUUACCGGUUGUUUGGUCAGUUUAUUUUCCCAUGAUGCUAUGUAAAGGGAUGCUGUGCUGUUUUAUUUUCCAAAUUAGGUGAAAAAGUUCAUGCCAUUCCAAGAUUUUAGUUUCCAUUACCAACACAAGCCUGUUUGAGAUUCCAAUUUUCAGGGGAAAACAUUUUUAAUGAACCUUAGACCAUGAUUUCAUUGUUUUGUAAUCAUCAAAUGAUUGUAUUUCCCACUGUUAUGUAAAGCUACCUGGCAAAUGCAAACCAAGCUUUUCAUUUAGAAUUCAAUUUAUCAAUAUAGUGGAACAAUACCAUGCCACUCAUUAAUCGUGAUCUUGCUCUAAAUUUUAGUGUCACGGGAAGGAAAGUGAAUACACUUUUAAAACCUACAUUCACUUACUGGUUUGUUGUGUUGGCAAGAGCUUUGUUCAUAAUUUGAUAAAUCUAAGAAAGGAGGUAAUACUUGGCAACAUCUUUUAAGACCAGACCAGAUAAACAUUUAGAACAAUGUGGAAAUGGUUAGUAUCCCAGUGUUCAUUUUUGGUGAAACACAAGAAGAUUUUUGAAAAUGAUCCAAUGUUUUAUAUGCAUUUUAUUUUUAAUACAGUUUCUUAGUAUUGAGGGUAUUUGUUUUCACUGUCAAGCCUUUGGAUUUGUUAAGACGUGUCAAGGAACCAGAAAACAUUAUUUGCAUCAGGCUUGAUAGACGCUGUCCCUUAAUCUACAAAUCUGUCCCCAGUGUCCUUAAUCCAUUUUACAUUACCAUAUUCUUUUCAUGUGUCAUGUCUGCCCAUGCCUUACUUUACAUGAAAUGCAGUAACUAAAACAACAGUAGGUUCCUUGUCAUCAAUUUGUACUUUCCAAAAGAUGUUUAUUUUUUCACUGUAACGUUAAGCAGGUAACAUUGUACUUAGCAAUUGAGCAAAACAAAUAUUUUUUUUAUAUAUAUAUGAUUUUCUUCCUCAAGCAGCUGUGAAGUUUGAAAGUACGAUGGCAUACAUGUCAUUUUGGGAUUCUGAAGUACAGGUGGUGAUGUGGAUAAAAAAAGAGUGCCACAUGCUCAUUUAGUCCCUUUUUUUUAUAUACACCUGUCAUCAUAGUCCUACCUGCUAAUUGUACUCUGUCCAAGUAGCAGCUCUGAACUUGGCAAAUAAAAUACCAUGACGUUUUUGUUUUUCAUUCAAAAUUCAUAUGUUCAGGUUUCUCUGUAUGACUGGAACCACUGAAUGGCUGAAAUUAUAUCUAUCAAAGAUUUUAUUUUAUUUUUAUUUUUGGCUUUGUAAUUAACUUUGGCCAUCUUUGUUGACAAAUACAUUGAGGGGUUGCUUGAACCCAAUUUGCAUUGCACAUUUUUGGUGAUAAAACUCUUUAUAUCACAACAUCAUCAUUCAGAUUGCAGAUUUAUAUCAAAUCAGUUUGGUUUGACAAUGAGGGCUUAACAUUGUGUGUUGAAAGAGAUGUGAAACAAACUUACUGUAACUUUCUGUUCUGAUUUUAAACAACUUUAUUUUAAUUGAAACUUCAAUGGCAGUGGACACUGUUGCUGCAAGAUCAAUAAAGUUCCGUAACAGAAGAAAA